AUGUCUUUCAAGGUGCCUGACGACGACGACGAGAGCAGCUUCCUCUCCACCCCAGAUCACAGUCGGCAUGUCAAGGGGAAAAGCCUCUUCGACUUUGGCAAUGUGCCUUCCACGACCCCAGCCGCUCCACCGCCCCAUGCGAGCAGCACACCCGCCGGCACCCCUUCUGCCUCCUUCAUGGGCAGCUCUUUGAUGAAGGCUGUUGGUGCUAGCAACUCCAAGAAUCCUUUUUCUCUGAGCGGCAUGGACGACAAAACCCCGCCCGUCAGGAACCCAUUCGCUGGCGCAGGAUCGGCCCCUAAGACGAACCCCUUUGCGCCCGCACCCCCAAAGAAUCUGUUCGCCACGAAGCAGAAGAAAAAGUCCAACGCUCCACUCGGCCGAUCUCUUCGCUCCAGUACGACUCGCAAACCUUCGCGACUCAGAGAAGAAGUGCUGGACCAUGACGAGGAUGAUGACGAUGACGAUGACGAUGACGACGAGGACGAGGACGAGGAGAAUGCGGCAACCCAGACGAGGGGAGGCUCGUUCCAGGUGGACUAUGGAAGUGACUCAGAGGGCGACAAUUAUGAUGAAUCUGAUGGGCCUGAAGAAGAGCAGGAUGAUGCCCCAGUGACAUCCCGAACCCGUUCAGCAAAGGCUUUCAUUGAGCGUUUUGACGAAUACUCUGAUGGCGAGGGAGAAGAAGACGCAGGCGAGGGAGAUAUGUGGCUUGAUAUGGAACACGAGGAACAGGACGAGAACGGUGAGGCAAUGGAUGAGUCUGAUCUGAUGAUGCUACAGACGCCAGCGGCGGACGAGAAAGUCUUUAGGGAGGCAGAGGGCAUAUUCCGGGCCACAGCACAGCGAUCAGGCGUCCGCCGACACUCGUUUACGAUCGCUUCCAUUGCCAAGGACCUCUACAGCAAAGCCAACUACGCAACCAUAACGGAGCCGCCAGAGGUGAUACUUGACACCGAGAGCUUGAUCACUCGACUGUACAAGGAUGGCGUGGGAGCAGAAGAGGAUGACGAAAGGCUGGACGAGACCUUGGCGACGGUCUCCGGAAAGCUCAUCGGCUUGUGGAAGCAAUACGUCGACACCCUUCCUCUGCAGUCCGAGGAGCAUGCUGCUGAAAUUGGACCAGCGCCUCAGUCCCUGCCGUUUGAGAAGGCCACAUACGUUGCGACCCUCGCCCUACAAAUACAUCAUACCAGGACAGGCGAAGAUAGCCGGACGACAGAACCCCUCCCGGAGUCACUUUUCAGGUGGCUUGCUGACCAUCACAACCCCUACCCAGCCCAGGUUCAAGAAGUCCUGCAAUGCAAGCCUUGUCCGGCCAGUCAUAGCAUGUUCUGGCCGACCGUGUGCAUGGCUCUGCUUCGAGGCCAGGUCGCCGAGGCGCAGGCACUAUUGGAAAACGCAGGCUGGGAAUCCGUCAAGGCUAACCGCCGUGGCGAGCUGGAGUACUCUGGCCGCGCACUUGACAAUGUGCGGUUUGCGACUCAGGACACUAUCAACAUGUUGGACCUAUGUCCUGGGAAGAAAGGGAACUGGCACAUCUCACACGAUGAGUGGAAAAUCUUCCGUGUCAAAGCGAGAGGCGCACUGGAUCAUCUGCGACGGUUUGCAGAAGGCAAGAACAGAAUGGUCAUUGAUGACGAAAUGUCAGACGACUACCAGUCUCUGACAGCGGCGGCCAGGAAAGCGGAGAGCCAGGUUCCUUGGGAGAUCUACGAAAACCUGAACGUCAUUUUCGAGAUCGCCCUCGGCGCCCAAGAUGUGAUCCUCGAAACUGCACAAGACUGGUGUGAAGCUACUAUCGGGUUGUUUGGCUGGUGGGACGAGAAUCGAAGCCAGAAGAGUAAUCGCCUAUCCAGGUCUCAGGCCCUCCGGAUUGGGCCGCAAGCGAUGAGCUCUGAAGGAUACAUGGAGCGACUUGCUCACUCGUUCCAAACAGCUGUGGCAUCUGACUUCUCCUUCAACUCUCUCAAUCCCGUUGAAGUUGGCAUGGCUUGUGUCUUUGAGGACAACGCCAAGGCAGUCGUUGCCUUGCUAAGAACGUGGUCGCUCCCAGUGGCUGCCGCCGUCACAGAGAUAGCAUCCCUAGGCCGCUGGCUACCACAGCACCAGCCCUCAGCUCUUUACGCGUUCGAUGACCUGGAUCCGGAGGAUCUGGCAGUCCUGGGGGUCGAUCCUGGCGACCCCGACGAGACGGAUGGGAUUAAGGACAACACACUGAUACAGUAUGCCCAAGAGCUUUCAAAUUACAAGGAGUUGGCCUCUGUCCGUGACAACUUUGGCGUUUCGCGGGAUGGAUGGGAAGUGGCGAUCCACGUCCUCGGUAGGAUGGACUCGCCACAACGGUCAGAGGAGACAGUUGGCGAGCUAGUUGCAAACAUCCUGGAGGAGAUGGACGUGGAGUCCACGGAGAUGGUGGAUAAGGUAUGGAGGCUACUCAACGAACUUGGCAUGAUCCAGUUUGCGGAGCAGGUCGCAGAGCGCUUUGGUGAUCUUUUGAAGGAGACCUGCUUCCGCUAUGGUGAGGCAAUGUGGUACUAUGCCCUGUCUCAUCGACCAGCCAAAGUGCGAGAUGUCAUGCACUUUCUUAUCGCCUACUCUCUCAUCCAGUCCGCCGCGUACCCACCUACAGCAGAGCUUGACGACCACCUGCGGCAGCUCCUGAAGCAGCGCAAUAGCACUCUUGAGCGACUGGCCAAACAGGAUUUAGAAGCAGCAGAGCUUCUUGGCAAGAUGCUUGCCGGUUACGCCACGCUGCGCAAAUUCUACGAGAUCCGCGACGACGAGUCACUGCCGUUGGCAAGACGGCAAAAGUCUGCCGCGGCAGCAUUGACAAUUGUGAUUGCCUCUUCGGACGACAACAUUCGUGGCGGUCUGUACGACGCAUCGCGUGACGCAAUCGUCGGCGAGGACUUCUUGUUGGCCCUGCUGGGCGAGGCGCUCGUAUUUGUCGACCACAACCAGCGCGGCCCUGGCUCUCCGCCGCUAAUCACACUUGAGCAGCUCGACGUUUUGCUCAAGGCGGUUGAGGACCUCCAGACCGUGGGCAGCAGGGUUUACGAGACGUGCAAGGAUUUCUUCCAGCUGGUGCUUGCAUCUUCUCCCAAGCUCUUGAAGGGGUCUACGCCAGCAGACCUGAUGAAGAAGUCAACGGAGAAAGGAAGCAUGGUGCUGACGGGAAGCUCGAUGCUGGCCUCACAGCUGCAUCGGUCUGUGGCCGGCGGGUCGCCGGGCAAGAGUAGCGCAGUAGCACCGAAAGGCAACGCAAAGAGGGGCUGGGAUUGGAGAUCCGGGCUGGACUACUCAACAUCGGCAGAGCAGGUGCUGCGCAUACUGAGGCUAGGUCUGACAAGAGACCUGGCCAAAUUGUGGCUCGUGGAAGCGGACGGCGGGAUGUUGUGA